CUCUGAGACGAGAGCUUUGCAGACGAUCCCCGAACCCUGACGUCACGGUUGCUAGGUAACGGGGACGCUGUGUAAAGGUGCUAGGGGAAACAUCUGGACUGAGGCCCAAGACGGUGAUACCCGCGGAGCGGCGGGAGUAAUAAUGGCCUCAGAGUCUGUGAAAGUGGUUGUGCGAUGCCGGCCCAUGAACGACAGAGAGAAAGAAAUGAACUGCCAAGCUGUGGUCACAAUAGACAGUAGUCGGGGUCAGUGCUUUAUCAGAAAGCCAGUGGAAGAUGAGGAGACCCCAAAACAGUUCACAUUUGAUGGCGCAUACUACGUGAACCAUUGUACAGAGCAGAUUUACAAUGAGAUUGCGUACCCUUUGGUUGAGGGUGUCACAGAAGGAUACAAUGGUACCAUCUUUGCCUAUGGGCAGACAGGCAGUGGUAAAUCCUUCAGCAUGCAGGGAAUCCCAGACCCUCCUACCCAGAGAGGAAUCAUUCCCAGGGCAUUUGAACAUAUUUUUGAAAGUAUACAGUGUGCAGAAAACACCAAGUUUCUCGUCCGAGCUUCAUACUUGGAGAUCUACAACGAAGAGAUUCGAGAUCUGCUAGGAGAGGACACAAAGCAAAAAAUGGAACUAAAGGAGCACCCAGAGAAAGGCGUGUAUGUGAAAGCUUUGUCACAGCACACCGUGCAUAGUGUCACUGAGUGUGAGAAAAUAAUGGAGACAGGCUGGAGAAACAGAUCUGUGGGAUAUACCUUGAUGAACAAAGACUCCUCUCGUUCACACUCCAUCUUCAUCAUCAACAUAGAAAUGUGUACCACUGAUGAAAAUGGGAAAGAUCACCUGCGGGCUGGGAAGCUCAACUUGGUUGAUCUAGCCGGCAGCGAGAGGCAGUCUAAAACUGGAGCAACAGGAGAUCGUCUGAAAGAGGCCACCAAAAUAAAUCUAUCCCUCUCAGCACUGGGUAAUGUUAUUUCUGCUCUAGUGGAUGGAAAAUCCAAACACAUCCCUUACAGAGACUCCAAGCUGACCCGUCUUCUCCAAGACUCACUUGGAGGGAACACCAAAACUCUCAUGGUGGCAUGCCUAUCCCCUGCUGACAACAACUAUGACGAGACCCUCAGCACCCUGCGAUAUGCUAACCGAGCCAAGAACAUCAAGAACAAACCACGUAUCAAUGAGGAUCCAAAGGAUGCCCUCCUGAGGGAGUACCAGGAGGAGAUUAAGAAGCUGAAGGCCCUGCUGACUUCACAAGCUGAAGACCUGCCAGCAUUUGAUAGAUUGUCAAUAAAAGAAACACAGCCCCAAGUAAAUGCCAAUGAAAUUGAUGCAGAGACUGAAAAACAAAUGAUCAGGCGGGAAUAUGAGGAGAAGUUUGCCCGACUGAAGGCAGACUAUGAGGAAGAACAGAAAUCUCGGGUCCGAUUGGAGGAGGAUAUAAACAAUUUACGUAACUCUUAUGACCUCCAUCUGAGUACUCUGGAAGAGGAUCUUAAGAAAAAAGCAGUUGCUGUCAUUCCAGGUUCAUCAGAUCCAGAUGAAACGCCAUUACUCCAGCCAGAAACUACACAACCACAGACAGCAGUGCAUUUGCGAAGUAUAAAACGGGAGACUAAUGGGACUGAUUUUGUUCCUGAAGAACUGGGUGUUGCUGAGGAGGCUGCUACCUCAAGGACUGACAGCCCCCAGCAAGUCCUUGCCAGGCUGCAGAUGCUUGAGCAGCAGGUAGUCGGUGGAGAACAAGCUAAGAACAAAGCCCUGAAAGAGAAGCAAAAACGCAGGAAACGGUACGCAGAUGAGAGAAAGAAGGAGCUGCUGGAUGCUCUCCAGAAUACGGAUGAAGAAAGCAGUGAGUGCAUCCUCUUAAAUGUCUAUGAGUCCAUUCAGGAGGAGCUACAGGCUAAGAACCGUCUCCUGGAGAAGAUGCACAAAAAGCUGAAAGCUGCUGAGAUUGAAAUUGCUGAUCUGCAGUCUGAAUUUGAACAUGAAAGGAACGAUUACUUGACCACCAUCCGCCGGCAGGAAAGAGAACUAAUCUUGUCCCAGCAGAUGCUCGAUCAGAUCCAACCACUCAUACGACGGGAUUGCAGCUACAGUAACCUGGACAAAAUCCGAAAAGAGGCUUCAUGGGAUGAAGAUAGUGGAAGCUGGAAGAUGCCAGAGAUUGUCAUUCAGAAAACCAGUCUCCCCACGGCUCCGGGUCUGCCACAGACUAAGCCAAAGAAGAUGUCUCCUGUAGAAAAUGGAGAGUACCAGAUGGAAGAGGAUCGUUACAAAUUAAUGCUCAGCCGAAGUGACAGUGAAAACAUAGCCAGCAAUUACUUUAAAUCAAAGCGAGCCAGCCAGAUCUUGAGUGCUGAUCCCAUGAAAAGUAUUGCUUUGCAUAACACUUCCCAGGCAUAUGGUGGCCCUAUCAACACAUCUCCAGUCUUGACUACAAGCAUAAGCUCUGUUUCACCUAUUCAAGGGAUGGACAUGCCCCUACCUCGGCCUUUUCGCCUUGAGUCACUAGAACUCACCACUCCUACAGCCAAAAGCAAACGCAAGAAGAACAAGUACCCAACUGGCGUUGAGCCAUUUUGACCACUGCAUAGGAACAGACACUUGCUCUCUAAGCAACAUGCCUUCAAAAAAGUAUAUUUUUCUGGUUUUUAACUGUUUCUGAAAACAGAGACUGCCAUUUGUCAGAAAUAAAUCCAAGAUCUUUCCAAAAUAUGUUGAAUGGAUCUUCUAAAGUAGCACGUUCAGAAGAUGUCUAUUUGUGAACAACUCUUUAAUUUGAAUUCAGAACAUUCAGUUCUAUAAUUCCAGCAUUUCCAGCCACAAUCUCUAGAAAUGCAAUUCCACUGCCUUAGGUGGGUGCCAUUCUAAGUACUCACUGUACUGCUGUUGUGUAUUGUUGUUCCAUGCGUAUGGCAAUUUUAGUAUAGGUCCUAUCCUGAAAACAUUUUUGAACUUACUGUAUAAAGUAAAUGUAAGGAUUUCACCAGUAUAUUCACUGGUCCAAAACGUUGUGGAUUGUUAACUGACUGCAGAGGAUCUGGUAGUUUUAUCAUAUGGUAAAACACCCACCAGACUUUUUGUUCUUUAACCAUAAUGCCAUAUCACAAGUUGUUACAUUUGCACAAUAAACUGCCUUAUGGUCAGCUGGUAUCUGAAA